UCAAGUCAGGCUCAUGAGACUGUGUACUCUGAGACUCAGCAGCCAGAAGUGCAGAAGAGCAAACAAUCAGAGGGGAACUUGAGGAGCCUAAUAUAUUGAGGACUACUUCUGUUGGACAUGAGCGGACCGUCGCUUCUGGAACCAUGUUCCUUUGAUUCAGGAAUCCUUGCUAGUCCUGAGACUUAGCUGGGUAACUUUAAUUUAAAAGGACAUUUUCUGGGGAGCUCCUGCCUCUGUUUGAGGUUAGGAGCACUAAAGACCAUCCAUAAGAGUUUUCCCUGGAUAUUAGCCAUCUUUUUAAAGAAAACAAACAUGAUGGUUCCUCUUUGCUUCCUCUUGCUGGGUGCUCACCUGCUUGUUGUGAGCGGGCAGACAGAGCCAAGGAAUCAAAUUCCCCAGGCUACAAUGUCUGUAACCCAGAGACUUGGGCUGGUUCAGAGGAAAAUGCACGACCAGGUGCGGCCCAACAUCACCAUGCCCCGUCGACGCCUGCCACCCAUGUGCACAGGGCCCACCGAAAUCAGGGACACUUUCAAAUACAUCAACACAGUGGUUUCCUGCCUGGUGUUUGUGGUCGGCAUCAUUGGGAACUCCACCCUUCUGAGGAUCAUAUACAAGAACAAGUGCAUGCGGAACGGGCCAAACAUACUCAUUGGCAGCCUGGCGCUUGGAGACCUGCUGCACAUCAUCAUCGGCAUUCCUAUCAAUGUCUACAAGCUUCUAGCAGAGGAUUGGCCCUUCGGGGUGACUCUGUGCAAGGUCGUGCCGUUUGUCCAGAAAGCGUCCGUGGGGAUCACUGUGUUGAGUCUCUGCGCUUUGAGUAUUGACAGGUAUCGUGCCGUGGCCUCCUGGAGUCGAAUCAAAGGCAUCGGAGUUCCAAAGUGGAUGGCCAUCGAGAUUGCUCUCAUCUGGAUAUUAUCUAUCAUCUUUGCCGUGCCAGAGGCAAUAGCCUUUGACAUGAUCACCAUGACCUACAAAGGAGACCACCUUAGGAUCUGUCUGCUGCACCCCAUGCAGAAAACUGAAUUUAUGAAGUUUUAUAAAUCAGCCAAGGACUGGUGGUUGUUCAGCACAUAUUUCUGCUUGCCGCUUGCCUGCACAGCCAUUUUCUACACCCUGAUGACCUGCGAGAUGCUAAGGAAGAAGAACGGGGUGCAGAUUGCCCUUAGCGACCACAUUAAACAGCGGAGGGAGGUGGCCAAGACGGUGUUUUGUCUGGUCCUGGUGUUCGCUCUGUGCUGGCUCCCUCUACACCUCAGCCGUAUCCUGAAGCUCACCAUCUACGACGAGAAGGACCCGAACCGCUGCGAGCUGCUCAGUUUCUUUUUGGUGCUGGACUACAUUGGCAUCAACAUGGCUUCCAUCAACUCUUGUAUUAACCCCAUUGCUCUCUACAUGGUCAGCAAACGCUUUAAGAACUGCUUCAGGUCCUGCCUGUGCUGCUGGUGCCUACCUGCCGAAAUGCUGAUGGACGAAAAGCAGUCAUGCAUGAAGCUCAAAGUCAGUGACCGAGCCUCCGACCAGAGCCACUCCCGCAUCACCAACAAGUCCAGCACGGCCUGAAAAGGCACACACCUAGAGGUGGGACUAGAGGUGGUACAAGGAGAAAAAUAAACAAAAGAAAUGAAGCAGAGAGAAAAGAAAAAAAGGAAUCGAUGUACGACUGAGUGAAACAAGCCCCAUUCUUUUCUCAUGAAGUGGUCCAGAUGUGCCUUUUGGAAAUCAGCUUAAACAGAAACUUAUACACCUUCUUAAACCAAAGAAAGAUGUGAGUUUAUAUUUUAUUUUCUUAAAGGCUAGAACCAUGUAAAUAUGAACAAAUCUUAAAAAGAUAACUGUAGAGUGUUGCUUUAAAAGGGGUUACGGCUCAGUAGGCUGAAAGAGCAAAUCAGACUCACUCUAUGGAUUUAGGUUGUAACUUUAAAAAAAAAAAGAAUCUCUUAUUCUAUAGACGGUUGUGUGUAUGUAGCCGACACACGAUCAUGAAAGGUUCUCCAGUGGCUCUAAGGCUGCACUUGUUUGUAUAAUGUAUAUUCAAAUUAACGAAUGUAUGUCAGUCCUUCUGCAUACUUUGCAUACUUGUCACUGGGGGUGUAACGAGAUCACAGCAGGAGCUCUUGCAAAAUUGAAAUGCUGCAAUAUUUUUUUGUCAGAAUGAUGUCUGUCUUGCUCUGCAGCAUCUAGCUGCUGUUUGUAUCAGAUUUUUGUUUGGUUAUGUAAGCAUGAACUAUUCCUAUCUGCUUAAGACAUCAAGAUAAGAGCUUUUAAACUAACCUUUUUUAGAUUUUACUCUUAUUUUUGAAAGAGCAAAGGACUCCUUGUGUUUUGUUUACAGUCAACAGAUACAUGCCAUUAACACAUUUGGCUACAUUGGUACUGAAUAAGCAAAGAAGACUCUAAACAAGCUAUUUCAAGUUGCUGUCAGGUCUUUAAAAAAAGCAAAAAGUAUACAUUUACAGCAUUUCCAGCAGUGGGAGAGAGCAAGACUUUCAGCAAGUAACAAGAAGGCUGAACAUAUUGCAUAUUCUUUAACUUUCAUUCUGUUAGUCAUGAAAGUGCUGGAUUUGGAGAAAAUGUCUGUAGUCUUUUUUAAUUGUCAGUCUUAGUGUAAUGAAUACACCCAGAGGCUAAUGUUUGGCUAAUGCUAGCAAAACUAAAUGCUCCAGUUGCUAAUGUAACAAUUUGAAACUGCUAUUAUUUUGGCUUUUCUUUAAAAAAAAGAAAAAAUUUUUUAAAAGGAACUCUCUUCUGAUACACAUUUACUAUGAAUAAUAAAUAAUUACUGCUUAUUGAAGAAUGAUGAGGGGAAAAACACGGAAUUUAGCUCUUGUGUUGUCUUAUUUUGGAGGUGAAACUGAAAAUUGGCUAAACUGGUGAGAGGAUUGCAGAACUUAAAACCAUUUUCUUUCAGAGCUCACUUUCAGCACUGAACUAAAGGGAUUUUUUUUCACUCCUAAAUAUAAAAUAAGAUGACUAAUCCAACCUGAAAUAAAAAGUUUUGCCCUAAAAAGAGUUUUUUUAAAGGUUUUUAAAUAUAUAAAAACAUUAUAGGGUCUUUUUUAUCAGUAUUAUAUUGACUUUGGAAGCACCAAACACAAACAUUGCACACCUUACUAAAUACAGAGAGGUUACUGUAUUCUAAAUAAUUUCAGAAAGGUUUAUAGAUGCUAUGUUGCUGAAAUGCCCUGAAUCAGAACCGAUCAAUGAACACCAGAUUUAAAUAAUUAUAUCAAUAAUUCAGAAUCAAACAGGUUGGAAGCGUUUUGCUGUGUCACUCGCUGAAGGGGAUUCUGCAUUGUAAAAAUUAUACCGACCUGUGUUUGAGAAACACUCUGAGAAACAAGAACUGAACUUUCUUAAUUUCCCCAGGUGUAUAAACAUCCAGAAAGUAAAAGCAUCUUAGGGGUGUAACCUCCAUAAUCUUAAUCUGAAAACAUUACUUAUUCUAAUGACUUUCAGGCUGGUCUCAAUGCUGCGCCACAAUGUUAGGAGGAGUUAGGAUUUGUUAACACAGCCACAAAAGAUUUGUCCAUAAGUGGCAGCAGCAAACCAACAUCUCAAAGGGUGAAACAUGACCUUGACCCAAAAAUGCAUCAUAUAACUUCUUUUUUCCCCAGAUUAAUUCUGCAUUCUUGGUUUUAAAGAGGGGUAAAGAUCUUGUCUUGUUUUGAAGAAAACAUUUUUCUUUGGUCUCACGAGUUGAACGUAUCGCUACACCCCUACACUGAUGCUUUAAACAUGUGCAUUGUCUCACCAGUUCUUAAACUACUGAUGUUAUGUUAUUGUGUACAGUUAUCGGGCUGCUGAUGUGGCUCUAAUUGCUCCAUGGCUGAUCUUACUUUCUGUUAUCCUAAUCGGACUGCUUACCUUAGCCGGUAUGCAGUGCUUUAACUGUUUUUCUUCCAACACAGACAAAUAAAGAGAAAAACACAGUUACAAAAGUGAAAA